UUCCACGUGAUUUCUGUGCGGUUGAUCUUCCUAUGCUCAUUCAACGAAACCUCACCCAAUGCUGCGGAUUUCAUGAGUGCUGAUGUGAUCAUCUUCGAUUUCGGAUUAUUCCACGAAUUGAUUGAAGUACAAGAGUGCAUUGCCAACUAUCUGGAUGGUGGCUACAUGCGUUGUCUCUGGUGUAUAGGUCAAAUGGCUGCCUUGGCUAUCACAAUCGUGACAUGCCUCGGUGUUCCGCAUCCGCAUCCGUUGCUAUUGUGGCCGCAGCUGAUCAUUCAGAACGCCUACUGCUUCGGUUUGAUGAUUCUCACCAUCGCUACAGCCGACAAAUUACUUAUCGCUAUUCUACACCCUACUAAUCCUCAUCUCAGCCUGCUCAUUUUGUACUUUGGAAUCGGCACCGGCAUAAAUCACAUAUUCAAUUAUAUUCUUUGGCAUUACUAUUGGCAUGAAGAAUUACAAUACAUUAACCGCACCGGAAAACACGUCCUUCCAUUUUGGGUAUGA